AACGGGGGGGGGGGGGAGAUGCCCUUCAGUGAUUGGCCGAUCAAUCCCUAUUUUCAGAAAAUACCACCUUAAUAAACAUGUCGCUGGGAGAACAGGCAAUGCGAAAAUUAGAAGGAUACUGGGAUACAUAGAUUGGUCUGGGUUUGUGGAGUUUUUGGAUGGAUGUGAAAUGUCACGGAGAGCGAGAAUUUUUUAUUUUAUGCGGUAUGUUGAGAAUUUUAGUCCUAAGGAAAAGAUUAAAGAAUGCCCAUGCGCCUUUGGCAUUUGUGGUUUUUUCAGUUCUGGUCGGACAUCAAAUACAAGCCGCUUUCGCUGUCAAAAUAAUCACUUAGCAGGGUAUUAGGUUUAUUCAGAAGCACAGUAUAGUUUAUAUUGAAAAAUGUCCCUUUGAACUAUAGGUUGCAAUCCUUAAUCAUACGAAACAGGAAUCUAUUCCUACAGUCCUUAAAUUAAUAAAUGUGUUGUCCUACAGAUGUCAGUAAAUGAGUAAAUCAAAACCACUUGUGUAGUGUAGCUAUUUGUGACCAAUAUAGGCCUACGGACAAGAGCAAAUAGCAUAUUUUCAUAAUAAUGUCUUCCAGAUUGCAUUUGUCUCUAGUCAUUCUUGUCAUAGGUUUUUUAUAUGACUACAGCAGUCAUUUUAAUGAUUGAAUGAGUAUUGAAUGUUUUGUUCCAGUGGUUCCCUACUUAAGGGUGAUAAUAAGUAGUUACUGAUAAGAGGAAGUGUCGCAGUCAGUGAUACACAUGUUUUAGAAACUCGGACUGUCUGUGAAGUUCUUUUGCCUGGUUUUGUAGCUGCAAUUUGUAUCAGGCUUAACUGAUUUUUUUUAGUAUUUUAAACCAGCGAACAAUGUCGAGUUAUUCUGAAUGCCUCCAAGAGUGGAAGAGCCUGGAAACAGAGUAUCAGCAAGUGCAGGAGACCCACAGGUUAUACAAGGAGAAGCUGGAGGAGGUAUCCAGACUGCAGGAAGCGUGCUCCGUCUCCAUCGCCCGGCAAAGGAAAAAACUGAAAGAAAUAUCACACCUGCUGACAAAGGGGGUGAACUCAGAUGAUGCUGGUGAUAUAGACAAAAUCCAGGCAUUAAUAAAGGAAAGGUCAAAUGUCUUUUUUGAAAUGGAAGCCUUCCUGCCGAAGAAAAAUGGACUGUGUCUCAGUCUCGUCCUUGGGAAUGUGAAUGUCACUCUCCUCAACAAGCAGGCCAAGUUUGCUUAUAAGGAUGAGUAUGAGACCUUCAAGCUGUGCUUCACCAUCCUCAUUCUGCUCUUCGCCUUCACCUGCUGCUUCAUUGUCAGUAACAGAAUAGUGGAUGCCAUUUUAAAUUUCCUGCUGGUGUGGUACUACUGCAUUCUGACUGUCCGCGAGAGCGUCCUCAUCAGCAACGGGUCCAAGAUUAAGGGCUGGUGGGUGUUUCACCACUACAUCUCCGCCUUCCUGUCUGGGGUUAUACUGACCUGGCCAGACGGAAAUCUUUACCAGGUGUUUAGGAAGCAGUUCCUCGCCUACUCGUUAUAUCAAAGCUUUGUGCAGCUACUUCAGUACUACUAUCAGAAUGGCUGCCUUUAUCGGCUGCGGUCCCUGGGAAAGAGGCACACCAUGGACCUGACUGUAGAGGGUUUUCAGUCGUGGAUGUGGCGAGGCCUGGGCUUUCUCUUGCCUUUCCUGUUCUUCGGUCAUUUCUGGCAGCUGUACAAUGGACUGUCCCUUUUUAGAAUGGCUCUUCUCCCAGAGUGUACAGAUUGGCAGGUCGUCGUGUGUGGCUCAACUUUCCUUGUUCUCUUCUCGGGGAACUUCUUAACCACAAUUGCUGUCGUCCACCACAAGUUUCAGACAAAGAACCAGGCAAAAAUGAAAAAGUAACGAGAGACGAAAAAAUGAGUCUGGAUGACCCUAAUCAAGAAAAUAUUUAAUUCUUUGCGCCGUCCGCAAUGUAAAACAAAAAUAAAACAUUAACUUUUGGCACCUUUUUGGCAGCCACACUGUUAAAAUGCAGUUUGUAGUCAAACUCACUGAAAGUUACAAGGGCUGUGCACACACAGUGAAGUACUGUAAUAUAUGUACAAUAAUACUGUGCAAAUUAUGUUUAUCGCCCUGCUAAUGUUAUUAACUGUGUAAUAACUGGAGUGCACAAAAUAAAAAGCUGAAGAGCUGCCAGAGAAGAGCUCGGACACUUGGAACGCGGUGCGUUUGUGUUUGCCUGGUGUGUGGAGAAAGCCUGAAAUGAAGAUGUGUUUGUUAGGGCCAGUGGAGUGCGGGGCGUGACGUCUGAGUGACAAGCCGAGUCUUGAGAAUGGAAACAGUUCCAGAAACUCCAUUUCUUAGUGCCAAAUUAUGUUUUUCUGGCAGCGCCCAGGGCCCCAAUAACGCUAGUGUUUCAAUUUUUGUCCACAAGGGUGAAAUUAAGUGGAAGGUUUAAUUAUGUGAAUGGAAGAACAAUCUCUAUAAUAAAAACAUACCUGAUUA